CCAUUUAAUCCUGCUCUCAGCUUCCUAAAUUUUUGGGACUCUCUCUCUAUCCCCAAAGUGCGACAGGAGCGAAUUGUUAGCUUGUUAGUAGCAGCCAAAGCUACUUUUUGGAAGGUGUCCGCAGUUCCCUCUGUUACCAUCUGGCUCGCUAAGAGAGACACCACUCUUCAUACCCAAGGGACUAAAGGCAUCUUUACCCAGUCAGAGGUGACCUGGGAGAAGGGGAAAGAGAUGGAAGAGCAGAACCCAGAAGGACCUGGGACUGGCAAGGCAGCAACUGAAAGCCUCCAUCCCACCCAAGCCGUGAGUGAUGUUGAAUUCUGGGAACGCCUGGUGCCAAUUAUCCAUGAUCAUAUCACUGCCAUCUUAGAUGUACAUCGCCAACGCUUCCGGCAAUUCUGCUACCCGGAGGCCGAUGGGCCCCGAGAGGUCUGCAGCCAGCUCCAUGGACUUUGCAGCCAGUGGCUGAGGCCGGAGAGGCGCACCAAGAAGCAGAUUCUGGACCUGGUGAUCCUGGAGCAGUUCCUGACUGUUCUGCCGCAGGCAAUGCAGAGCUGGGUCAGGGAAUGUGGGCCAGAGACCAGUUCCCAGGCGGUGGCCCUGGCCGAAGGUUUCCUCCUGAGUCAGGCAGAGGAGAAGAGGCAGGCAGAACAGAUGUGGGCACCAUCCGUGAAGACAGAAGCUGCAAUUCCUGAGGCAGAAGGAGCUUCUUUGGAGCAAGGGCAGAGGGCGCAGGCCACGGAGCAGGCCCAAGAUGCCCUCUGCUGUGGUAAAGACCUGUCGUGGCUGGGUGCAACCGUGGCACACUGUGGAUUUGAUGGGGAGAAACUAGUUGGGGUAAGAAGCAGUGAAGUGAUGCUGUUGAGGGUUCCUCUUUUCAGAGAUGUGAAAACGACUGCUGCAGCUCCAGUCCAGGGUCCCUUUUCCUUUGAGGAGGUGUCCGUCUCUUUCACGGAGGCUGAGUGGGCCCUGCUGGAUCCAGGACAAAGAGCUCUGUACAGGGAAGUCAUGCUGGAGAACUCUAGGAGCGUGGCCUUUCUGGAAAUGAGUAUAAGAAAGAGAGUGGUGGAAACAGACCAUGCCUAUGCAUCCAGAGAAAGGCUGGAGAGUUCAACAAGAGGAUCCGAAGAGCAUAUUUCCUUCCCAAAUGAGCUGGCUGAGACAGAGGAUGAUCAGAAAAAUGAGGAGGACGAGGAACUUCAUCAGCAAAUGUCAGACAGAGUUAAAAAUGAAGGCUUGAAAGAAAAUGUCAGUUAUCAAGGCCUACCUAAGAGAAAGUACUGUGGCCAUAUGGCUGACAAUCGAGAUGGAAGAAAGCAAAAUGUACAUUUUCCAAAGCACAGGAUAAUGAAGGCAAGUAAGUCCGUUCAGUGUAAAAAGUACUUCAGAAGUAGAUCGCAGCUCCUUGUGGACCAAGGAACCCACACAGGGGAGAAACCAUUCAAAUGCACAGAGUCUGGAAAGAGAUUCAGGAGGUUUGGAAAUCUUCAAGAACAUCAGAGAACUCAUACGGGGAAGAAACCAUUUUCCUGCAAAGAGUGUGGAAAGAGAUUCAGUCGGCGUUCCGCUCUCCAACGGCAUCAAAGUGGCCAUCUUCAAGGGCAUCAAAGAACUCACUCAGGGGAGAAACGAUUUGAAUGCUCAGAGUGUGGAAAGAGAUUCAGUCGGCAUGACACUCUCCAACUGCAUCAACUAACCCACACAGGGGAGAAACCUUUUGAAUGCACAGAGUGUGGGAAGAGAUUCAUUACGAAUGGGUAUCUUCAGCGGCACCAGACAAUGCACACAGGGGAGAAACCUUUUGAAUGCACAGAGUGUGGAAAGAGAUUCAGUCAGAGUAAUAGUCUUCAAUACCAUCAAAUAACCCACACAGGGGAGAAACCAUUUGAAUGCACAGAGUGUGGAAAGAGAUUCAGUCGGUGUUACACUCUCCAACAGCAUCAAGUAACCCACACAGGGGAGAAACCUUUUGAAUGCUCAGAGUGUGGAAAGAGAUUCAGGAAGAGUGGCCAUCUUCAAGAGCAUCUAAAAACUCACUCAGGGGAGAAACCAUUUGAAUGCUCAGAGUGUGGAAAGAGAUUCAGGAGGAGUGGCUAUCUUCAAGAGCAUCAAAGAACCCAUACAGGGGAGAAACCUUUUGAAUGCUCAGAGUGUGGGAAGAGAUUCAGUACUCGUAGGCAUCUUCAGCAGCACCAAACAAUCCACACAGGGGAGAAACCUUUUGAAUGCACAGAUUGUGGAAAGAGAUUCAGUCAGAGUAGCAAUCUUCAAGAGCAUCAAAGAACCCACACAGGGGAAAAACCAUUUGAAUGCACAGAGUGUGGAAAGAGAUUCAGUCAGAGAAGCAGUCUUCAAGUCCAUCAAAGAACCCACACAGGGGAGAAACCUUUUGAAUGCUCAGAGUGUGGGAAGAGAUUCAGUAUGAGUAGGCAUCUUCAGCGGCACCAAACAAUCCACACAGGGGAGAAACCUUUUGAAUGCACAGAGUGUGGAAAGAGAUUCAGUCAGAGGCUCAGUCUUCAACAGCACCAAACAAUCCAUACGGGUGAGAAACCAUUUGAAUGCACAGAAUGUGGAAAGAGAUUCAGUCAGAGUAAUAGUCUUCAAGGCCAUCAAAGAACCCACACAGGGGAGAAACCUUUUGAAUGCUCAGAAUGUGGAAAGAGAUUCAGUUGGAGUAACGCUCUUCUAAAGCAUCAAGUAACCCACACAGGGGAGAAACCAUUUCAAUGCUCAGCGUGUGGGAAGAGAUUCAGUUGGAGUAGUAAUCUUCAAGAGCAUCGUAGAACCCACACAGGGGAGAAACCUUUUGAAUGCUCAGAGUGUGGGAAUAGGUUCAGUACGAGUGGGCGUCUUAAACAGCACCAAACAAUCCACACAGGGGAGAAACCUUUUGAAUGCACAGAGUGUGGGAAGAGAUUCAGUCAGAGUACCAAUCUUCAAAAGCAUCAAAGAACCCACACAGGAGAGAAACCUUUUGAAUGCACAGAUUGUGGAAAGAGAUUCAGUCAGAGUCGCAGUCUUGAACACCAUCAAAGAACCCACACAGGGGAGAAACCUUUUGAAUGCACAGAUUGUGGAAAGAGAUUCAGUCAGAGAUGGCGUCUUGAACACCAUCAAAGAACUCACACAGGGGAGAAACCUUUUGAAUGUUCAGAGUGUGGGAAGAGAUUCAGUCGGAAUUACACUCUCCAACGGCAUCAAGUAACCCACAUGGGAGAGAAACCUUUUGAAUGCACAGAGUGUGGGAAGAGAUUCAGUCAGAGUACCAAUCUUCAAAAGCAUCAAAGAACCCACACAGGGGAGAAACCUUUUGAAUGCACAGAUUGUGGAAAGAGAUUCAGUCAGAGUCGCAGUCUUGAACACCAUCAAAGAACCCACACAGGGGAGAAACCUUUUGAAUGCACAGAUUGUGGAAAGAGAUUCAGUCAGAGAUGGCGUCUUGAACACCAUCAAAGAACUCACACAGGGGAGAAACCUUUUGAAUGUUCAGAGUGUGGGAAGAGAUUCAGUCGGAAUUACACUCUCCAACGGCAUCAAAUCGUUGAAGAGUGGCAAACCGCCUCCCCAGAUCUGGUGCAGAAGAGCCCCCAAAGCCCUGAGCAGCAGCCGGAGCUCCUCUCGGCGCAGGAGACGGCGGGGCGCCCCUUGCCUCCCUCUGCAGCGCCGAGAGGGUUAAAGCCACCGAGUGGGCGGCUGGAGCGGCCGCGGGAGGACCGGGGAGGCGGGGAGGGGGCGGAGAAGGCUCUGCAGCCCGCGGAAGAGGAGCGGGAAGCCGCGGAGAGAGACGCCGCUCUUCAUAUCCAAGGCAUCAUUACCCGGUCAGAGGAGACCUGUGAGAAGGGGAAAGAGAUGGAAGAGCAGAACCCAGAAGGACCUGGGACUAGCAAGGCAUCAACUGAAAGCCUCCAUCCCACCCAAGCCGGUAGUGAUGUUGAAUUCUGGGACUGCCCGGUGCCAAUUAUCCAUGAUCAGCUCACUACCAUCUCAGAUGUAGAUCGCCAACGCUUCCGGCAAUUCUGCUACCGGGAGGCUGAUGGGCCCCGAGAGAUGUGGGCACCAUCCGUGAAGACAGAAGCUGCAAUUCCUGAGGCAGAAGGAGGUUCUUUGGAGCAGGGGGAGAGGGCGCAGGCCACGGAGCAGGCCCAAGAUGCCCUCUGCUGUGGUAAAGACCUGUCAUGGUUGGGUGAAACUGUGGCACACUGUGAAUGUAAUGGAUAG